AUGCCAUGUAAACGUUUUCUCAAUUACAAUAUUCAAACUAACGCGCCAAAAUCUUCAUUCGGAUUCUUACGCAUGCGCGCUCUUGCGCGCAAGCAGAAGCGCGAUUGUUUUGAAAGAAACUUGUUUAAGCUUGCUUUUGUUUUUGGCAAAAAUGAUGAAACGCCGAAAGGUACCGCUGAUUUACAGGAAAAUGUUAUUCAAAACGAAUCAGUCGAUUUGAAUCCUUCAGAACAGUCGGAAUUAUCAGUAGCUACACAAGUUCUUAUAAAUCAUAGAACAGAAGAGGAGGCAGCAUUGAGAAGCACGUCAGAAAAAAUUGAAAGUUAUUCGACUGAUAUUGCGUUAUGGGGCGAAAUCAACGAGAAGUUACGAUUAUACUGGUUGCAAAAAAAUCCAGGUUUAUGCAGCAAUAAGGAUAAAGAUUUCUCAAAAUCUGCACGGAUUUACCAAGAAGGAGAUAAACAAAAAAAGCGAAUUACGGAGCAUGAGCAAAGCAAAGCUCAUAAACAAACUUUAACUAUUUAUUCUAAACGGAGAAGAGAAACUGGUAGUUUAGAAAAUGCAUUAACGAUUCAACAAAAAAAUGAGAAAAAUUAUUGGAUUCAAGUAUUACGUCGAAUAACUGACACUAUAAAGUUUCUUGCUUCACGAGGUCUCGCUUUUCGAGGGGAGAACGAACGAUUCGGAUCUAGUCAAAAUGGCAAUUACUUAGGUAUUUUAGAAUUACUGAGCGAAUAUGACCCUUUCCUUAAAGAGCACAUUAAUACCUACGGAAAUAAAGGACAUGGAGUAACAUCAUACUUAUCAGCUAAUAUUUGUGAGGAAUUUAUAGGCCUUAUGGGGGAAAAAGUUCUUGCUUGCAUUAUAAGUGAGUUGAAGAAGGCAAAAUAUUAUUCUUUUUCUGUGGAUUCUACGCCGGACAUCACUCAUCUAGAUCAAUUAACGUUCACCGUGCGCUACGUUACCGAUCAGGGGCCUAUCGAACGUUUUUUAAUGUUCGUUCCUAUAGAAGGUCAUAAUGCCGAAUAUUUAACAGAGGUUGUAGUCAAAUUUUUUAAAGAUAAUGAUAUUGAUAUAAAUGACUGUAGAGGUCAAUCUUAUGACAACGCAUCGAAUAUGUCUGGACGCUAUUCAGGACUGCAAACCAGGAUAAGGGAAAUCAAUAAGUAUGCUGAUUAUAUUCCUUGUGCCGGGCACUCGUUAAAUUUAGUCGGCGUUAAGGCAGCUGAAUGUGUUAAUGCAGUCGUUAAGUAUUUCUAUAUCGUACAAAAUUUGUACACAUUUUUAUCAGGAUCGACUUAUAGAUGGCAAAAACUAUUGUCAUAUUUAGGAACGAAAAAAAAAGUCGUUAAAUCUUUAUCCGCUACUCGAUGGUCAGCCCGAGCUGAUGCAAUCAUCGCUCUUUUCACAGGUCAUACAGAUAUUACGAAAGCUCUAGAUGAUUUAUCAAAGGAUGAUACGCAGUCUAACGAGACUAGACUUGAAGCUAAGACCAUUUUAAAGCAAAUUACAAAAUUUGAAAAUGUCUUUAUAACUGUGGUAUGGCACGAAAUCUUGACACGUAUUAAUGAUACAUCUAAAAAUUUACAAAAAGAAAAUAUGGAUUUGUAUAUAGCAUGCAGUCUUUUAAAUUCCUUAGAAUUGUAUUUAUUGGAUAUCAGGGAUAAAUUCGAUGAGUUUUUAGAAAAAGCAAAAAGCUUUACUGAUAUCUGCGAAAGUGAAUCUACAUCUGAGCCAAGAAAUCGAAGAAGAAGCGUAAAACUUACUCGCUUUGAAGGAGAGAGUGAACAUACACAAUUUACUGGAGAUGAAAAGCUCAAAAUAGAGAUUUUUUAUCCGAUAAUCGAUUCACUUUGUUCCAAUUUGAAAACCAGAAAAACUGCUUACGAAACGGUGAAUGAUAACUUCAAGUUUUUUACUGCUCUACCAAACAUGACAUACGAAGGAAUAAAAGAAUGCUGCGAAAAGCUUGCCAGAAAAUAUGAUCAAGACAUUUCUGCAGAAAAUUUAAUAUCAGAAUGUUUACAUUAUAAACAUUAUCUUCGUGAUACACGAAAGAACGAAGAAUUAUUUAUUCCUGAUCUAUACUUGCAACUGAAGAAAGAAUUUCUGACGUCUACAUUCCCAAAUAUUGAAAUAAGUCUCCGAAUAUUCCUUACCCUAAUGAUCACCAAUUGUGCUGGUGAACGAUCAUUUUCUAGAUUAAAGUUGAUAAAAUCCGAUCAUCGAAGCACAAUGUCACAGUCACGAUUGAAUCAUCUAAGUUUAAUGAGUAUAGAAUCGGACUUAUUAAAAUCGAUUGAUUUUGAUUAA